CAUUUCCCGGUGCCAGAAGAUAUUUUUUCAUCAUGCCUUUUGCUCAACUUGUUAUUGGACCGCCUGGGGCCGGCAAAUCUACAUACUGCGAUGGCAUGCAUCAGUUCCUAGGAGCCAUAGGACGGAAAUGCUCCGUGGUGAAUCUGGACCCCGCAAACGACAAAACAUCGUACCCGUGUGCGCUGGACGUCCGCGACCUUGUUACGCUCGAGGAGAUUAUGGCUGAGGAUUCUCUUGGUCCUAAUGGCGGGAUUUUGUAUGCUAUAGAGGAGUUGGAGCAGAAUUUCGGAUGGCUAGAGGAGGGGUUGAAAGAACUCGGAGAUGAUUAUAUCCUUUUUGACUGCCCAGGCCAAGUGGAAAUAUUCACACACCACUCCUCAUUACGGAAUAUCUUUUUCAAGAUCCAGAAACUUGGGUAUAGACUAAUAGUUAUCCACCUAAUCGACUCCUACAAUCUCACGUUACCAUCCAUGUAUAUCUCCGCCCUCCUCCUAUCCCUCCGUGCCAUGCUCCAAAUGGACCUCCCACAUUUGAACGUCCUCACGAAAAUCGAUAACCUAUCAAACUACGCCCCGCUUCCAUUCAAUCUAGAUUUCUACACGGAGGUCCACGACCUUACGUAUCUUCUUCCACACCUAGAGGCCGAGUCGUCGCGGCUCUCACAUGAGAAAUUCGGCGGCCUCAAUAGAGCUAUUAUCGAACUGGUGGAGGAGUUCGGGCUCGUUGCAUUCGAGACGCUGGCUGUGGAGGAUAAGAAGAGCAUGAUGAAUCUCCUGCGGGUGAUUGAUCGGGCGAGUGGAUAUGCCUUUGGGCCAGCGGAGGGCGCGAACGACAGUAUCUGGCAGGUGGCUGUUCGAGAGGGUCUGGGCACGAUGGAUAUCCGAGAUGUGCAGGAGAGAUGGCUGGACGCGAAGGAAGAAUAUGAUGAGAAGGAGUUGGAGGAAUUGAAGAAAGAAGCUGAGACUAGUCAAGCUGGGAAUGGGGACUUGGACGAACUCGAUGGCCUGGAGGAUAUACGAGGACCGAUUCCAGACAGCGGGGUGAAGGUUAUAAGGAAAUCUAAUGAUUGACGUAUGUAGUAAGAUGAAACUUUUGUAAUAUAGGGUAUCUCAUGAAAAAAAAGGCCGGGAAGCGAAGCAAACAGUCAGAGAACUACUCAUCCUCAGUACCCAUCC